AUGGAUGCGGUUGGCGACGAUGUCAACGUUGAUGAACUCAUAGAGUUAGAUUGGGGAGAAGAUAACAACGACAGUGAAGAGAAGUUUGAAGCCAACUAUGAAGUCGAUGACGAAAACGAUGACGGAGACUUAGCAGGCAAUCCGGCAGCACAAAAUGAGGCGCAUGCGAUUGUAAGUCAGCACUCCUUUGAUGUUCCGUCUUUUAUGCGGAUUCUGGACCUCGAAACCAUGCAUGUCCCAGAAUUUUCUCAGUAUGUAAAUAUCGGUGGAGGUAACACUGCGGCGGAAGAUGGCGAGUUUAGUGUUGGAAUGGAAUUUGGUUCCACAGAGUCAGUGAUAUCUGCAAUCAAAAGCUACACUAUCUCUAGAGGACUUGAUUACAUUUUGUAUGAGUCUGAACCGCAUACAUUCUAUGCGAAAUGCAAAGUUUAUGGUGCAGGGUGCGAUUGGCUUAUCCGAACUAGCUUGAUUCGAAAGAAGGGGUCUUGGGAGAUCAGGAGAUACAAUGGCAAGCACACGUGCACCAUGCACACGAUUUCACAAGAUCAUGCCAAGUUGGACUCGGACACAAUUGCAGAUGCCAUUAGGCCGUUGGUCGAAGCAGACCCGUCGAUAAAGGUGAAGUCUGUUAUUACAGAAGUUCAGUCCAGGUUCAACUACACUACUCUGCCAGUAUGGUUGAAAGCAAUGACUGCGAAGAUGCCGAGGUCUCGUGUUCAAAUAAAAAUGCUCCCCGUUUACCGUGAGAGUGAGGAGGUUCAAGCAUUCAGACACUGCAAGCCACUAGUACAGGUUGACAGCACGCACCUGUACAGAAAAUAUAAAGGUGCACUUCUGGUUGCGGUUGCACAAGAUGGGAACGAAAAUAUUGUGCCCAUUGUAUUUGCGAUAGUCGAGGGCGAGACGGCAGACGCAUGGAAGCUUUUCCUAACCAAUUUGUAG